UCUUUCUUCCCAGUAAAACCCGUAGUCAUCUAAGAAACAGCUCUGCCUUCACUUCCUCCCCAUCGAUCGUCGAUUCGGGUGAAGAGGAGGAACAUCGAUCGAUUCGAUGCCCCCAGACCCCUUGAUUUGCUCUUGAGGCCUCGAUUCGGAGACAUGAGCUCGGAAGAGAUCGGGACGGCGGCGAUCAAGCGCGCCAUCGUGGCGCUCCGAAAGCGGCAUUUGCUCGAGGAAGGCGCCCACGCUCCGGCCAUCAACGCCCUCUCCAGACCCCUCGUCGCCCAGGUUAAUGCAAUGUAUGAGGACAUGAUGCAACAGUUGAAGGUGUCCAGCAUUGAACAACUUGCACGACAACAAGUUGAUGGAAUCGUUCGCCAAAGGGAAGCUGGAUAUGUGGACCAUGUGGAAUCAACAGUUCCAUCGUCUUGCAAGCACACACUUCAUGCUCAUGAAGGUGGGUGCGGAUCCAUUUUGUUCCAAAACAACUCGGAUAAGCUGAUUAGUGGCGGCCAGGAUCGGACCGUCAAGAUCUGGGAUACAAAAUCUGGGACACUAAGCUCCACUCUUCAUGGUUGCCUUGGGUCAUUACUUGAUCUUGCUAUCACACAUGACAACAGAUUUAUCAUUGCUGCCAGCAGUUCAAACAACCUAUAUGUAUGGGAGACUAGCUCCGGUCGGGUACGACAUACACUCACUGGCCACACUGACAAAGUAUGUGCUGUUGAUGCAAGCAAAGUUUCCAGCCGCAAUUUAGUGAGCGCUGCUUACGAUCAUACCAUGAAGGUCUGGGAUCUGGUGAAAGGCUACUGCACCAAUACCAUUAUCUUCCAGAGCAACUGCAACUCGCUUUCUUACACCAUGGAUGGACUUACCUUCUGCUCCGGACAUGUAGAUGGUAACCUUCGGAUCUGGGAUAGCAGGAUGGGAAAAGUUGUGGGCGAAGUAGCUGCUCAUUCGCAGGCAGUCACAUCGAUUUACGUAUCCCAAAGCGGGAACUUGUUGCUGACAAGUGGAAGGGACAAUUUACACAACCUAUUUGACUUGAGAACACUGGAAAUUUGUGGGACGUUCAGAGCCAAUGGCAACAGAGUUGCAUCAAACUGGAGCAGGUCGUGUAUCAGUCCCGACGAGAAGUGUGUCACGGCGGGAUCAUCUGAUGGAUCUAUCUAUAUAUGGUCAAGACUAAACAAUAACAUGCUGAGCAUUUUGGAGGGGCAUUCUUCACCAGUUCUUUCAUGCGCAUAUGGUGGACCGGGGAACACACUAGCUUCUGCUGAUAAGAAUGGAAAUUUGUGUAUAUGGUGUUGAUGGAUGAUCGAUCUCGUUUGGUGUUCGGAACUAUAAAUGCCUUUGUCUUACCAUUAUUCUUCUUCGUAUCAUUAAGUGUUUCAAAGUGUAGAUUCUCUUUCUACGAUUAUUCUUCUACUUGUGAUUACACCUUUUAUUUCA